UAGCACUUUGCCUUUUGCGCCUAGCAAAUCAAUAUUGGCGUCGCAACCGAACGUGCCGCGCUACUGGGGGAACAAGCAGCCAGUGUCGUAAUCAAUGCUAAGUGAAUUGACAAAACCCCCUCUUUGACCACGAUUCCGUACCACUAUCGUCGUUGAAGAAACCUCAUACCACAAAGAUUGCGAUAUUAUGACUAGCGAACCUACAGAAACGCCUGGGUUGACUCUGCCACCCGCUCCAACGCCGGCUUGGGAGGUCUUACAGAAUCUCCAGCAGGAUCAAGAGAAUCAAGAUGCAGACCAUGAUGAUGCCGAAACUGACGAGGGUUUUGAUGGUCACAGUGACUCAGAACUAGAUUCAGCCCUGGGAUCCAAUGUCGCGGACUCGACCUAUUCUCUGACCUCAAGUAUCUUUGAGUAUCGAACCUUGCAUGGCAGGACCUACCACUCGGAUAGAGGCACAGCUCAAUACUGGGCAUCGAAUGAUGAUCAGGCUAGUCAAUCGUUGGACCUCGCACAUCACUUUACUCUCCUUUUGCUGGAAGAUAAACUUCAUCUAGCACCUCUCAGGCCUGAUAUACAUAGAGUGCUUGAUAUUGGGACGGGAACAGCUAUCUGGGCCAUCGACUUUGCCGAUGAUCAUCCCCAGGUCGAGGUCGUGGGCACUGAGAUCAGCCCUAUUCAGCCAACCUGGAUGCCAUCGAAUCUACAGCUCGAAAUCGAGGACUGUAAUGAUACCUGGACCUUCCGACCCGACUCUUUUGACUUCGUCCAUAUGAGAUUUAUGCUGGGAAGUAUCACAGAUUGGACUGCCACUUUCCGAGAAGCUUUCACAGCUUGUACCCCGGGCGGCUGGGUCGAGAGCUACGAAGUCUCAUCCACUAUGGAGAGUGACGAUAAUUCUAUCCCAGAUGGAAGCGCCAUGAAACGCUGGGGCGAAGUAUUCGAAGAAGGCGGCCAACGCGCAGGAAGAACUUUUGCCAUCAUCCGAGAAGAUGUACAGAGGAAUUCAAUGGAAGAAGCAGGCUUUGUCAACAUCCACGUUGUAGAUCUCAAGGCACCAGUUGGAAGCUGGCAUACGGAAGAACGACUCAAGCAGGUUGGACACUAUAUGCAGGCCGCUCUGGAGAGAGACUACGAAGGCUAUCUUCUGUUCCUGGCGUGCGAGCUUUUGGGAUGGACCGAAGAACAGGUCAGAGCUCUGUGCAACCAGCUCCGACGAGAGAUCCGAUCGGGUCAACAUCAUCCGUAUUUCAGACAAAGAAUUGUGUACGGUCAGAAGCCUGAGGCUUAGUACGAAUCCUCCAGCGCUUUCUUGCUUUAUAGGGCAGACCGCCCCAGAUAGAUUUAUGUAAAUUUAAGGCAGGUUUAGGAUGCCUUUAGACGAGCUAGCUCGACUUUUAGGACAAGCGACUUGACUUUCUUAUUCCAACUCUGGAGGAUCUAACAUGGGUCAUGUGGCAUUUCCAUAGCUUCAUAGGAUAACCAAUAACAUCAACUCUAUAAUUCUAUACCUAAGUAGGGUAAUCCCGAGCUCAUAAAUGAACACCAGAUGUUUAAGAGCCC